AUGGCACCAUUUUCGCACCAUUUUCGAACAAGCCGGUAUGCUCUCCUCAAGACCUCAGACGACGGCAGCAAAGAGGAACCCAACGGUCUUUGGCCAGAAUCUCAACCCGCCACUCCCUGGUCCACCUUCCAAGUGCGCCUCCUCCUCCUCCUUUCGAGCGCGCUUUCCAUAACCAUUGGACUUGCCGUGGGCUACCUCGCUCGCCAGCCCCAAUACUCCGGACCGCUCGUUCCAUCCGGCCAUACGGACUAUCCCAUGGUCUACAACCGGACCUUCUCGCAGGCACCCUCGGCCGAGAGCAACGCCGCCUGGGACUCCAUGUUCCCCAGCGACGUCGGUUUCGUCAAACACCCCACGAUCGCGCCCGCCCUCUCCGGCCUCGCCGUCUUCCACGAGCUCCAUUGCGUGAACAUGCUACGCGUCGGGUAUUACGCGGCGUUGGACGGGACCAUUGCGGAGAUGCAGCACGUGCACGAUCACAACAAGCGCCCGGAUCCGCACCACCUGCGGCACUGUUUCGAUUACCUGCGUCAGUCCCUCAUGUGCGCCGCGGACACGAACCUCGAGCCUGUGGAUAUGGAGUUGGGGGGUGUGACGGGGUGGAGUUUUCGGCGCACGUGUAGGGAUUUUGGAGCGGUGAAGGAGUGGGCGGAAGAGUGGGGGAGUUGGGAUGAGGGGUUGCGUUCUGAAGCUGAUGCUUGA